CAAUCAAGCACACCAUCUGUUUGAGGACAUACACCAUUUUGCAGCCAUGAGUUCACAAACCGGAAAAAAGAAGAGCUUGGUGCUCAAUGCCUUUGUAGAGAUGUGCAGUGGUCACCAGUCUCCCGGACUCUGGCGCCAUCCUGACGACCAGUCUUCACGGUUCAAUCAGAUUGAUCAUUGGACAGAGUUGGCCAAACUUCUCGAAGAGGCCAAGUUCCACGGGAUCUUCAUUGCCGAUGUGUUGGGUGGUUAUGAUGUCUAUUCCGGCUCGCUGGAUCCGGCCAUCAUCUCCGGUGCCCAAUGGCCUGUACAUGAGCCCCUUGCUAUCAUCUCUGCCAUGGCCGCAGUGACAAAGAGCAUCGGUUUCGGUGUCACUGUCUCAACGACUUAUGAGCAACCCUACCACUUGGCUCGAAGACUUUCCACCCUUGAUCACCUCAGCAAUGGACGAAUUGGAUGGAACAUCGUCACCAGCUACCUGGACUCUGCAGCUAAGAACAUGGGCCUAGCCCAGCAACCCCAGCACGAUGACCGAUACGCUCAAGCGGAAGAAUACAUCAAAGUGAUGUAUAAGCUGUUUGAGUCGUCAUGGAGAGAUGACGCUAUUGAACUCAACAAAGAGACGGGUGUUUAUACCAAUCCUGACCGCGUUCGUAAGAUCAAUCACAACGGCAAGUUCUUCACAGUCCCCGGCCCUCACAUCUGCUCGCCUAGCCCCCAGAGAACGCCCCUGUUGAUCCAGGCUGGCACUUCUCGGGCUGGCAAGGUGUUUGCUGCCCAGCAUGCCGAGGUUAUCUUUGUCUCUGCCCACGCGCCGCAGGUGUGCGCCAAGAGCAUCGCAGAUAUCAGAGAGCUGGCCAAAACACAGUUUGGCCGCGAUCCCAGCAACAUCAAGGUCCUGGCACUUGUUUGCCCUAUCCUCGGCAAGACUGAGGAAGAGGCCCAGGCCAAGCUGGCAGACUAUAAGCAGUAUGCUUCACACGAAGGAGCACUUGCUCUCUUUGGAGGCUGGACCGGCAUGGAUCUCAGCAAGUAUGGUGAUGAUGAAGAGCUGCGAGAGGUUGAGAGCAAUGCGGUGAAAUCCACCGUUGAAGGCUACGCCAGAUUCUCUCCGGGAACCUCCAAAUGGACCAAACAUACCAUUGCUGAGCACGUCAGCAUAGGCGGCAAUGGCCCUGCUCUCGUCGGCACGCCUUCACAGGUUGCCGAUGGACUCGAGACUUGGGUCAACGAGGCCGACAUUGACGGCUUCAACUUUGCCUACACCCUCUUCCCUCAGUCUUUCAAAGACAUUGUCGAGCUUUUGCUGCCUGAGCUCAAGAAGCGCGGGCUCUUCUGGGACGACUAUGCCGUUCCUGCUGGCACUUAUCGCGAGAAUUUCUACCGCAAGCCUGGCCAGUCUGGGCCUCCUCCUGAGCACGUUGCCUCUACGUUUAGAUGGAAGGCUGGAGUGUCUGCAGAUGAGGCUGUGAUUCCCGAGAUUUAG